AAAAAUAAAUGAAAAUGAAAAGACGCGUGGCCAAACGUCCAUCUCAUAAACCGAUAUUUUAUGCUUUGGGAGCAUUAUUUGUGGCUUUAACUGGGGUUUUAGUAAUGGAUUUGAGAAAACCAGCAUUGACCGGGGAAGAGCAUUUAGAUCCAAAUGGUGACAAUAUAACAGAACCAACUAUAAAUGCUUUCAAGGCGGCAACAGAUCGCCCGCCAAAACCACCACAGCCUCAUCCCAAAAGAUUUCCAAUACCUAAAAAUUGGACACAUUUGGAUUUGAAUCGCAUGCGCGAGGAAAACAAGCUACAAAUAAAUAAAACUUAUUUUGAGUUGCCCAAAGCCGAAGGACCAUUUAGAGAUUGGGAAGAUUUUGAAGCGAUGAUGGGGGACUUGCAACGUGUUGGUUUGGGAGAACAAGGUACACCGGCGUAUUUGAGCAAUGAUUCGUUAAGAGAAAUGGAAAAGAAGGUGUCUAUGGAGAAUGGUUUCAAUGGCUUGCUAUCGGAUUAUAUUUCGGUUAAUCGUUCGGUGGCGGAUGUUAGGGAUGAGAGCUGCUUAUCAAAAUCAUAUUUGGCCCAAUUACCCACCGUCAGCGUAGUCAUACCAUUUUACAAUGAAUACUUUUCCGUGUUGUUGCGUACGCUCUACAGCAUCGUCAGACGUUCUCCAGCUGACUUAUUAAAAGAAAUAGUCAUCGUAGAUGAUUGCAGUGAUCGUGAAUACUUGAAAGAAGAACUCGAGCAGUUUAUCUCACAACACUUUGGCAAUUUGGUGAAAAUUGUACGUUUAGAAGAACGCACGGGUCUUAUUGGAGCCCGUUUGGCUGGGGCCCGCGAAGCCACUAGUGAUGUUUUGGUGUUCUUUGAUUCUCACAUAGAAUGUGGCUACAAUUGGUUGCCUCCUUUGCUGCAACCAAUUGCACUCAACCCCAAAAUAGCCACCUCUCCCAUAGUGGAUGUCAUAAGUCAUUCCACAUUUGCCUAUACGGAAGCAGUUAAGACUGCUUUAAGAGGAGCUUUUGAUUGGAACAUGAUUUAUAAGUUAAUGCCUCAGUUGCCUGAAUUUUCAGCUGAUGAAACAGAACCUUAUCCGAAUCCCAUUAUGAUGGGUGGUUUAUUUGCCAUAAAUCGGGACUUCUUCUGGCAGCUGGGUGGCUAUGAUGAGGGUUUGGAUAUUUGGGGAGCCGAACAAUAUGAGUUGAGUUUUAAGAUUUGGAUGUGCGGCGGUUUGUUAUUUGAUGUGCCCUGCUCCCGGGUAGGUCAUGUAUUUCGUGGACCCAUGGAAACCAGGCCCAGUGCAAGGGAUUACAAUUUCGUGGCCAGGAAUCACAAACGUGUUGCUGAGGUCUGGAUGGAUGACUACAAAUACCAUUUCUAUGAGCGCAAUCCCUCACUUUAUGACAAUUUAGAUGCCGGUGAUUUAUCUAAACAAAUAGCCUUAAGAGACUCUUUGCAAUGCAAAUCAUUCCAAUGGUAUUUAGAUGAAAUUGCUCCCGAUUUACUAGUCAACUAUCCAGCCAAAGAAAAGGAAAAUUAUGCUUCGGGGGCCAUUCAAAGUAAAGCCUUUCCCAAUUACUGUCUCGACACCCUCAAUGGUGCAAGUAAUAGUAAAGUGGGUCUAUUCUACUGUGCUGAAAAUAAAACUCAUCCACAAAGUAAUCAGUAUUGGGUCUUAAGCCCCAAUCGUGAGUUACGUUUGCAUGACAAUGUUCUCUGUCUAGAUGUCCAGAGUGUUAAACCAAAUGUCCAAGUAUUGAUGUGGACUUGCCAUCAAAUGGGUGGUAAUCAAUUUUGGGCUUAUGAUGUGGAACACCAGUGGCUGGUUCAUGGUCAGGCGGGUGUGAAUUGUUUGGAGGCCGUGGAAAAGAAUGGCAAAAUGUCGGUACGUGGUAAUGCUUGUGAUAAUUCUAAUCCUCGCAUGAAAUGGGAAUUUGGUAAAGUGAAUCAUGAGCUAAUGGAAAAGUUUUAUGAGGGUGUAGAUCUUUAA